AUGAACCUGCGGCUACAGUGGAGCUCCUCAUCAGCAGGUGCUGUGAGACUGGAGGUGGGAAUGGCCUCCAGUAAGCGCACAGCUUGGUAUGAAGUGUCCCGGUUGGCUGCGCGCCGGCGUCCUCGGCAGCAGUUGGACUCGACGACCCUGCAGAGGGGGGGACACUCGAGCUGGGACAGAUACGCGUUAGCGCGGAACUUCAGCCUGGGUCAAGGAAACCAUGCAUCCGGCGUGAUGUCAGCCGAGGUCGCCGUUCAGAAGUUCUCCUUUCCGCUCACCUGUGCUGUGCGCCUCUCCUCGCAAGGGGAGGCCACACAGAAGGGCUUCGCACAGGUGAAGGCCUCGGAUCUUUUCGAGCUGAAGCGGGAUGCGGCCCUCAGCGAAACGAGAACCUUCCCGGUCCUGGGCGCUCCGGUAUGUGAUGACAACCCACCCCAGGAAAGCGCAAAGUCUCCUCCCGGGGGAGGCGCGGCAGAUGCCCACAUUUUGGUGUGUGCCGAGGCCCCGCAGGGUCUGAGGGUGGAGAACGAGGACCAGCGCCCCGCAGCAAAGAGGCAGCUCUCAUCCGAGAGCGCCGCGCGUACCGUCGCGGUGACGAAGAAGAGCGCGGUGAGGAGGGAGGCCGUGGAGCAAAGACUCCAUCCUCAGAAUGCACAGCUGGGACACGUAGUGACCCCCCAAGGCAAAAAGAGACGCAGGAAGGACCUCUUCACCAGUUCGGAGGUCUUCCACAAGCUCGACUCGCACGUCAUCCGGGCCGGAGCAGAGCUGAAAGAAAAACGCGUUCAUGAGGUGAAGGCGAUCGUGCAAAGCAUCACACACGGAGCCGGAAACGACCUGGAGAGACUGCGUGCCAUCUGGGUCUGGCUGUGCCAUAACAUUGAGUAUGACGUGAGUGGGUACCUCGGCCACUCGGAGAAGCUGAGCUCCACAGAGGAAGUGAUAGCAGCCGGCCGGGGUGUUUGUUGCAGCUACUCUAAUCUUUGCUCAGAGAUGUGCAGAGAAGUGGGCAUCGAGUGCCAGGAAGUGCCGGGCCACAGCAAGGGCAUCGGGUACCGUCAGGGCCAGAGCCUCAAGCAUGUGAAAUCAGAUCACCUGUGGAAUGCCGUGCUGCUGGGAGGACAGUGGUUUCUACUGGAUGCCUGCUGGGGAGCUGGGAGAGUAGAUAUGGAACAUGAAAGCUUUGUGAAAAGGUUCGACGACUUCUAUUUCCUAACGGAUCCGGAGGAGUUCAUCGACUCGCACUACCCAGAUGAGGAGAAGUGGCAGCUCCUGGACGCGCCCAUGGCCCUGGAGGAGUUCGAGAGGAGGGUCUUCAAGACCUCGUCUUUCUUCACCAUGGGGCUCCGGCUGAUCAAUCCCCGUUACCACCAUAUUGUCACAGACGACGGGGAGGCCAACGUGUCCCUUGGCUUCUCCAGGCCCACCACGUUUACCCACGAGAUCACGCCUCACCAGGACCUCCUCCACUGUGGAGCCUCGGAGCAAAAGGAGUCCGGCGGCUCGUCCUUCGGCCUUCUCACCGUCUCCCACCGGAGCAUGAGGCUGCAGCUGCUGCCGCCCGCCUCCGGCACCUACGACGUGAAGGUGUUCGCCAGACCCGAGGCGGCCAAGACGGCCCUGGUCUGGGUCUGCUCCUUCACCGUCGAGUGCCAGGCUCCCAGAACCACGGAGGACAUCCCAGAGAACCCCUUCUUGUCCUGGGGCCUCCAGCCCGCGGCGGCCUCGCUGGGCGUGGAGAGCAGCAACCAAGGCGGCGAGGUCGUGGAGGUGGAGGGCGGGGCCUUCGAGCUGGCGCUGAAGACGUCCCGGCCCCUGAUGGCGCUCUGCGAGCUGGUCCACCCGCAAGUGGAGGCGGCGGUCGCCAAGCGCUGCCUGGCGGCUCAGAUCCAAGCCGACGCCCUCACAUGCCACGUCCUGUGUCCCCGGCGGGGCUUCUACCGGCUGUCGCUGUUCGUGCGGGACCACGAGAAAACCGAGGCCCCGUUCAAGAACGCCGCCAACUUCCUGCUGCACUGCCGGGGGAAGGUGGCGGCCCCGGACGAGCUGUUCCCGCCGGACCUGGGCUCCGCCUGCGGGCCGGGGAUCCGCACCUCCCAGGCAGGCCUGUCCAAAUUCAGCCACGGCGGCGCGGUGGUCAGCACCCAGCAAGGCAGGCUCAACAUCACCUUCCACAACCAGCGGGACCUGGAUCUCCACUUCGUGCUCGGCCGUACUGGGGGCGAGGCGCCGGCUUUCCCGCUGGCCCGCCACCUGCUCUCCACCCAGACGGACAGCAAGGUGACGGUCAGCCUCAGCCUGCCCGAGGCCGGCGUGUACCGGCUGGGACUCUACGCCCGCCUGGGGCCGGGGGGGGACUUCAGCCCCGCGUGCGACUUCGUGCUGAGGAACAGCUGCGCCCAGCCGCGCCCGCCGUUCCCCCGCGUCUACUCGGCCUGGAGGAGGGGCUGCGUCCUGUUCGAGCCCCGCUCAGGCCUGCUGGAGCCCCUCCGCCGGGUCCUGUUCAGGGCGCGGGUCCCGGGGGCGCUGAGGGUCAGCGUGGUCGGGGAGACGAGAACCGACCUGAAAAUGAACAAGAGCAGGGUCUGGGAGGGGAGGUCUUCACUGGAGAGCCACUCACGGAGCUGAAACUGGCCGCCUCCUCGGAGGAGUCCUGCGACAUGGCCGUCCUCAUGACUUUCGACGUAAAAUCAGCCUGAGAACUAAUGCCAAUCACAACAGCGGACUGUUUCGGCAGUUAGGAUAUUUAAACUGUGACAUUUGAAACAACAAUACAUCAUGAAAAAAAAGAUCAAGUGUGUAUAAACUUUGCUGCGAUGAAGCAAUGUAGAGAGACACGACAUUUUCCCGGAUUACCGAAACUAUUUGCAAAGUAAGAAAAAGGCAGCAUGACAGGGAAAAUGAAAAAGGAGCAGAACACAAACUCUGCUUUGAUAUAAAUUCAGACAGUAUGACCUUCAGCUUUUCCCAUCGAUUUGUAAAAAAACGCAUGAAUUCCUACAUUUCGGGCAGGCAAAACAAAGAUUUGCCGAGUGUGAUUUCCCAUCGUUGCCCUCUUAAAAAAUACAUGAAUGUCCUUAGAAAAGAGGUCAACUCGGAGACAGUGCAUGUUGCUUUGAAAUCUUGAGAUAUUUGUCUCCAUUGACGCUGAUGUAACGAAGGGGAAACGGGCUUCAUAAAGACUCUGUUUCUUCUAUCAUAUCUGAUAACAGUAUAGGUUUCUUUUUGUAUUAGGUCCAGAACAGGCAAAAUCUCUCACUAAAGCUCUCUUCACACGGGUUAUUUCAGAUGCCUCCGAAUCUAGUCUAUUCUAGUCUAUUCAGCAGAAAUAUGGAUAGAUAGAAAUAAACUUUUUUUUUUUCCCACAGUAGUUUCGGAUUUUGUGAAUGGAAUUUUAUCUUGUGGUGAUUUUGCCAAAGGUUACCCACGGUUACCUCUUGCUCAUGCGUUUGUUCAAGUUCUUGAUGAAUGAAGAAAAAUGAAGAACCUGAGAGCACAAUUGUUCAGAUUAGGUAGAAAUUUGCACCAUUAUAUAAAAAAAAUGAUAAUGAUAAUCUCAUAUUGUCAGCGCUGAAAGGAGUCAAGGUGUUUUUCAGAGCUAAGUGAUACCAUGCCUCCAUGACUAUGACAUUGUGCAGAUCAAGAGUGCUUUUGCACCAAUAGCCAAUCUCACAGUAUUAGACACAAACCUGCAUGGUGGAAAUGACGGCUGUCAAAAGGUGUAUAAUAAAGAAAUACCCUGUGAAGGUG